ACAUCUCAUGCUAAUGUAAACAAAUAUUAUAUUCCUAGAUUUAUAUUUAAAAGAUGUUUAUCAGAUAAUGUUAUUCUGCUGAUGAGACUAACAUCUUGAAAUAAAUAUUUAUCUAAAUGUCCAUAGUCAAGUAUUAACGAGAGUGGGAUAUCGUUAAUGCAUACUUGAUAAAUCAGUGAAUGACUUAAUGGAUACAAGCUGGAUUUUAUUAAUCCCUUGCAUUAAGUUUAGACAUUGAGACAAAGGGAUACAGUUACACGGAGUCUGAGUCGUGGAAAGAAUUCUAUUCUUUCUUUCUUUCUUUUAUUUUUAUAUAUAUUCCUCCAUGAUUCAUUAACGAUUCAGCUCCGGGCCGGAAUUCGCGGAACGGCUCUCUCCUUGCCCGGAAUUUAACACUAUGCAUGCUCCGACCGCCGAGCCGCCGCCGUCCCCGGCGGAGACUCUUGACCAGAUCGUCCUCCUCCUCUCCCACCUCCUUCAGGCGUCCCUCUCGAUCAAAUCCUUCUCCUGCCGCUGGCAAGUCAUCCGUUCCAAGCUCGCCACUCUCAAGUCGCUUCUCGCCGAGGUGUCUGAGAGUCCCUGCUGGGCGGAUAACGCCCUGCUUCUCACUCUCCUCCCCAACCUGCUCUCCAUCCUCCGCCGCGUCGACACCCUCUGCCGCCAGUGCUCCGACGCCUCCUUUGCUCCCGGGAAGCUCCUUAUGCAGUCGGACCUCGACAUGGCUGCCGCCUGGCUGUCCAAGCAGAUACAACACCUCGACCUCCUCUGCCGCUCCGGCGUCCUCCGGCAGUCCACGGCUAUCGUCCUCUCCCAACCCUCCACCGCAUCCUCCCGCGAGGAUUUGGUUCUGUUCAUCAGAGACCUGUUCACUCGGCUCCAGAUCGGCGGCUCCGGGUUCAAGAGGAAGGCUCUGGAAUCUCUAAUUAAGCUUCUCGCCGACGACGAGAAACAGGCGGGGCUCGUGGCCAAGGAAGGACGCAUAGGGUAUUUGGUGAAUCUUCUCGACCCGAACUCAGAUCCGGUGAUUUGCGAGCAGGCGGUCAUGGCGGUGUCGAUGCUCACUUGUUCCAGCAGCCAGGCGCGGAAGUGCGUGUUCGACGAAGGCGGUUUGGGGCCACUCCUGAGAUUAAUCGAGUCCGGUUCGAACAUCAUGAAAGAGAAAGCCGCCAUGGCCGUGGAAUCCAUCACAAGCGAUCCCGACCAUUCCUGGGCGGUCUCCGCCUACGGCGGCGUCCAAACCCUAAUCGAGCUCUGUAAGUCCGGCCCGUUCCCGGCCCAAAUUCACGCCGUCGGUGCAAUUCGGAACGUCUCCACUAACGAAGAAAUCCGGAUCGCCUUAUCAGACGAAGGAGCUAUUCCCGUUCUCCUCCAGCUCCUCGUCUCCGGCUACUCCUCCGCCCAAGAAAAGGCUGCGAAUUGCAUCGCAACCCUAGCUUCUUCCGGCGGGUAUUACCGAGAUCUGUUAAUCAAGGAAAACGGGUUAUCCAGACUGCUCCAUUCCCUGCAAGAAUCCACCCGGCCCGAAAUGACCGAGCACGUAUUGCGGGCGAUCCAUUCGCUCUCCGGCUGCGAAUCGACUUCACGCCACCUCUCUACUUCCACACCUUUUCUCACCCAAUUAUCCGAACUCAUCCAACAUGGAACCGUUAUGAUACAGUACAUCUCGGCCUCCCUGCUAGCGAAUUUACCCAUCAGUGAGACGAACAAGAGGGAAAUCGCGGGGUGUAUGGGCUCUCUGGUGAAGCUGAUGCAGUCCGCGAAGCCCGACGGGCUUCAGGAGGUCGCCACGAACGCGCUGACAUCACUCUUGACCGUGAAUUCGAUCCGCAAGGAUUUCGCGAGGGACGACAAGAGUGUGAUUUUGAUCGCGCAAAUGCUCGACCCGAAGAGCGAUUGGGUGUCCAAGAAGUUCCCGGUGGCGGUGGUUUCGUCGGUCGUGGCCGGAGGAGGGAGCAAGUUCUGCCGGAAGCGGCUCUUGGAUGCCGGAGUUUAUGGGCAUUUGCAGAGGUUGGCUGAGAUGGAGGUGGUGGGUGCCAAGAGGGCCUUACAGAGACUGUCUGGGAAUAGACUCAAGAACAUAUUAACUUGGUUAGAAUGAAUGAUUAGAGUGGAUUAAUCAAGUCUUGUCGCCACAGAUUGCUUCAAGGCUUGUUUGGAUUUCACUCAUUGUCAAUGGGGAAAUUCUUAAGUUUUCUGCCCCAGAACCAAACAAUGCACACCUUUUGCAGACUGAAAAUUUCGGAAAAUUAUUUCUAUUCCAUGUCAAAAUGACAAAUGGAGUGGAAUCAUCAUCAUCAUCAUCAUCAUCAUCAUCACCAUGGAUGCGAUUUUUUGGGAGCAUCCUUGUUCUAUUUAUUUAUUUUUGUUUGUUAAUCUUGAUCAAUAAAAUCUUGUGGAGUUUAUUUGUAAUAAGUGUGUGUGACAUUUUUAUUUUUUUCCCACUUCACUUUAGUUGCUUCCUCGACUAACAAAUGUACAUAUAUCAAGGUUGUUCAUUUUAUUUUAUUUAAAUUUUAAAUUUAAUGAAUAACCUCUCUAUUU